AUGGCCUUUGGGCUGAUCACCCAUGGCCCGUAUCACUUUGAGGAGACCGAUAUCCCCACAAUUAGCGUUAAUCAGUAUCUCUAUCAGCACAAUUACAAAUUAUUUCUUGCCAUGAAAAAGCAGCUUUACUUCCCUCCCCUCCCACCUAGCGAAGGCAAGGAAAGCCAGAAGCCAAAUGUGCCCGAAAGUCCCAGUCCUAGUACUCCCAGAUGCCCAGUACGCAGACCACCUAUAGUCUGGCACCACGACCAACUUGCCGAAAUCGCCCACGAUCUCAGAGACACAAUCCUGAUCGCCCUCGACUUUGAAAUGAUCGAUCACCCAAGACACCAAAAAGUCCUAUCAGAAUCCCAAAGGAUGUCCGAGCUCGGCAUCGCCGUCUACGACCCCCGCGAUGUCGCCGCCUCCGCUACGCACACCAUCGAGGAAAGACUCCAGAAGAUUCACGUCCGUCAUUACAUCACCUCCCGCUGGCGCAAAGUCACCCCCUUGACAUGCGACGCCUUCAUGCACACGACUUGGCCCGGCAAAGGCGGAAAGAUAGUCGAGCACGUCGCCCACCCUUACGACGGCGUCUUCGCCCGCUCCCGCAUCCGACCCGCUCACGCCAUCCGCGACAAGCUGCAGGAUAUCCUCAACCGUCUCCCCACGCGCUGUCUGACCGCCGACGAGGUCGCGCAAGGCCAGCGCAGGCCCGUUAUUCUCCUCUUCUGGGACGCCAGGUUGGAGAUCAAAAUCAUGACGCAGUGGGGGAUCCAGCUUCCUGCGUACCCCGACCCGAAAAAGAUGACCAUUGAGUUGUGGGAUCUGCAAAAGUGGCAUAACCUCCAGCAAGCCAGGCGGAACGCGGAGACGAGCGAUUCGGCGUACAAUCUGUUGGAGCCCCUUGGGGUCCUGGCGUGUGGGCACAAUGCGGGGAACGAUGUGUUUGCGAUACUGGCGGCGUUUUUGUACCUGCUUUAUAGCGAGGAGGCGGUUUGGAGUCGGUAUAUGAAGGACUUUACGUGGUUUCCAGAGGAGUAUAUGGUCAAGCUGGAUUGGGUUGAUCCGGAGGUUGCCGAGUUCAAUGAGAGGCUGGAUCCGAACUGGGAUGUUGGGUCGUGUCUGGGAUGUUUCUUCUGA